AGUUAUAUAUUAUUUAACACAUCCACAUCCAUAAAUUGUCUUUAAUCAUAAAGACCCAUUUCUAAAACCAGAUGCUAUGCUGUAGGGUGCAAUGGAAAUUCCAUCCACAAGACAGUGCUAUUGCUUGACUAAUGAUGUUGAUAAGGUGAAUCUCAGUAUAUAACUGUACGAAGCGGUCACAUUGUAAAGUAGAAAUAAUUGUUAGUGACAUCAAAUAAAUAAAUAAAUAUUGCCAUAAAACAUAUGGUGUUAAACUGCUCUGAACUGAAAACUACCUCUUUUGCACAUCUGAUGCCAAUACAUUUCAUGCAGCACUGGAGUUUUCGCAGCAUUGAUUUGUACACAUUCAUAUGCAUGAUAACACCCACUAAGAAAAUUAAAGAAAUUAAAAAAUAAGGAAAAAUAAAACCCUCUUUUGCAGUUGGCGCUAAAGAAUAAGUUUAAUGUAACGUUACUAAAUGGGGCAAUGUAAGUACCCUACAUAAAGUGUGUUCAAAUAAUCACUAAUCAUAUUAAAUAACUGAAGGGAAACCAAGUAUAUCCGGUGUAAGCUUUAAGAUACAAAUGCUUUCUUUAGGCAGUCUGUUUGGUUGUCUGCAUUGCAUGCCUUGGACAGAGUACAAUUAUUCACAAUUUACAUUCACAUACACGCAUCAUCUGUAAAAAUCCCAGUCAAUGAUGCUUGACCACAGUGCGCAGCAGCAGCAGGUCCAGGGCCCCUUCAGAGCUGCACUCACACUCCGCCGUCUCCGCUCACUAACUGACGUGUUUUGCGCAUUUCCUGCAGCAGCCUUCAGAGUCGGGAGAAAAAGAGGCAGGUCUGCAUGAAACUGAGUACCGACGGACAGGAAAAACGAAGGACCCUGGGUGAAGCAAGAGAGUACGGAACACUUGUAAACAUCAGGCUUUGGCUGCGACCGUUCUUCUUUCUGGAGCGAAUCAGAAACACGCUGGGAGAACUUUCCUCUCAAUGUGCGGAGGAGGACUGCCAGGGCAGACACAUCUCCAGCCAGCCAGACGAGGAACAGGAGACCCUGUGGAGAUCCCGUAUAUAUUUCAGGCAUGUUUUAAGGUGUGGAAUGUUGGUUGUGUCUCUGUUAACACAUCGUUUAUGGCCAUUUUCUCUCCAGCGUGUCUCGCUCAGUGUCUCCAGGGUUGUUGGGCAGCUUCAGUAUCACAUGUAGAGUGUUCAUAGAUCAUAGCAAUUCUGUUUGGACCGGGAAAAUAGCCUUUGAAUGCAUAUUUACGAGGACGAGGAAGGUAUUGUUAUUUCACAAGGAUAAACAAUACACAAACCAGUAGUGGACCGUGAGAUACACCAGUUGAAUAAUUAACCAAGCGCUGAAGUGGAAUAUUAUUGUCACAAAAGCUCUCUGUUGACACUGUAACGCCAUGAUGGUUUUUAACGGUCUGUUGAAGAUUAAGAUCUGCGAGGCUUUGGACCUGAAGCCCACAGCCUGGUCUCUGAGACACGCCGUCGUCCCCAAGAUGCAAACCUUCCUGCUGGACACAUACAUCGCCCUCAACGUGGAUGAUUUUCGCGUGGGUCAGACCUCGACCAAGCAGAAGACCAACAGUCCCGCCUGGCACGAUGAGUUUGUGACGGAGGUGCGCGAUGGCCGGAGGAUCGAGCUGUCAGUGUUUCAUGACGCGCCGAUUGGCUACGACGACUUUGUGGCCAACUGCACUAUUCAGUUUGAGGAAUUGCUGCAUAACUGCAGCAAACACUUCGAGGACUGGAUAGACCUGGAGCCAGAGGGAAAGGUCUAUGUUAUUAUCGAUCUGUCUGGAUCGUCCAGUGAAGCAGGAAGCUGUGAGAAUGAGAAGCGUGUAUUUCGUGAACGCAUGCGGCCCAGGAAGAGGCAGGGAGCGGUCCGGAGGAGAGUGCAUCAAGUCAACGGACACAAGUUCAUGGCCACCUACCUGAGACAGCCCACGUACUGCUCGCACUGCCGCGACUUCAUCUGGGGUGUGUUAGGAAAGCAGGGCUAUCAGUGCCAAGUGUGCACAUGUGUGGUUCAUAAACGCUGCCAUGAGCUCAUCAUCACUAAAUGUGCCGGCCUGAAGAAACAGGAGGACACCGCGGAGGAGGUUGGUUCUCAGCGCUUCAGCGUAAACAUGCCUCAUAAAUUCAGUAUUCACAACUACAAAGUCCUCACAUUCUGUGACCACUGUGGUUCAUUACUGUGGGGCCUGCUGCGGCAAGGCCUUCAGUGCAAAGUUUGUAAGAUGAAUGUACACAAACGUUGUGAAAAUAAUGUAGCUCCUAACUGUGGGGUUGACGCACGGGGCAUCGCUAAAGUGCUGUCUGAUCUCGGAGUCACUCCGGAUAAACUCUCCGGCAGCGUGCAGAGGAGAAAAAAGAUCUCUCAGUGUGCUGAUCCAUCUCCUUUACCCAUAUCUACACCAUUAGAAGACGAUCGAUCCAAAUUCGCAUCCACCUCACCGUGUGACCAGGAUAUAAAGGAUUUGGAGAACUUUAGGAAGGUGUUGUCAUUUGACCAUCACGGUGAGGAGCUCAAGACAGCCCUAUCUUCCUCUCUGACUGAAAGUGUGUCAGAGGAGAGAUAUGAGGGAGGAGAGAAUGAAGAGGUGAAGAUGGUCCAUGUCAAACGGAUGAACCUGGAAGACUUCUCCUUCAUCAAAGUGCUCGGGAAAGGCAGCUUCGGGAAGGUGCUGCUGGCUGAGUUGAGAGGCACAGAUGAGGUUUAUGCUGUGAAGGUGUUGAAGAAAGAUGUCAUCCUGCAGGAUGAUGAUGUGGACUGCACUUUGACUGAGAAACGUAUUCUAGCAUUGGCCAGAAAACACCCAUACCUUACUCAACUCUUCUGCUGCUUUCAGACUAAGGAUCGUCUGUUCUUCAUCAUGGAGUAUGUGAACGGUGGAGACCUGAUGUUUCAGAUUCAGCGGUCACGUAAAUUCGAUGAAGCUCGUUCCCGAUUUUACGCUGCUGAGGUGACCUCUGCCCUCAUGUUCCUGCACCAGAAUGGUGUCAUUUACAGGGAUUUGAAACUAGACAACAUUCUGUUGGAUGCAGAAGGUCAUUGUAAGCUGGCAGACUUUGGCAUGUGUAAGGAGGGCAUUCUGGAUGGCAUCACGACCACAACAUUCUGUGGCACACCAGAUUAUAUUGCCCCUGAGAUCUUGCAGGAGCUUGAGUACGGGCCGUCAGUUGACUGGUGGGCUUUAGGUGUGCUGCUGUACGAGAUGAUGGCUGGUCAGCCUCCGUUUGAAGCAGAUAAUGAGGACGACCUUUUUGAGUCCAUUCUCCAUGAUGAUGUCCUUUAUCCUGUGUGGCUCAGCAAAGAGGCUGUCAGCAUUCUUAAAGCGUUCAUGACGAAAAGCCCCAGUAAGCGGUUGGGUUGUGUGGUAUCCCAAGGACUGGAGGAAGCUAUUAAAGUGCAUCCGUUCUUUAAAGAGAUUGACUGGGUACUUUUAGAGCAGAGGAAGGUCAAGCCACCAUUUAAACCACGCAUUAAAACCAAAAGGGACGUGAACAAUUUUGACCAGGACUUCACCUGUGAGGAACCAGUGCUCACGCCAGUAGAAGACACCAUCAUCAAACAGAUAAACCAGGAUGAGUUCAAGGGCUUCUCCUAUUUUGGCGAGGAGACCCUGUCUUAAAACUAAAGCGUCCAUCUCCUGUGCUGUACCUCCUGCACAUGCCGUGAACACCCUGUAUGGCCCAUGCGCUGUGAGCUCACCGCAGGCCAUCGUUUACUAACAAUUUGAUGCUUUAGUUUAAAAGUAGACAGUCAGGCAUUAGAUUUCUUCCCGCUACAGAUUUGAGCUUUCAUACACUCUGGUUAGGCAAGAAACAAUAAAAUCAGCUCCUGUGGAAAGAAAGUCAAAUUUAUGAUCUUCCAUUCUAAAUAAAGCACAUUUGAAGCACCCUAAACCUUUCCCACUUUUAUUCUUUCUCUAUUCAAGACCUGUAAUAUAGUGAUGCAACAUAUGUUCAAAAGAAUUGGACAUAAUUAACUCGUAAACAAAAUGAAAUGUUGUUAGAUGUUAGAUGAAUGCAUUCGCAAGACAUUAAGCAUCUUGUAACAUUUCACCACAAGUUUUGUUUUGUGUUAUUAUUGUUUAAAAGAAAAAUACUAUUUUCCUCAGUUUCUGUUUUCAUAUCUUACCUUGCAUAGACUCUUGCCAGCAUCUGGGAUUAAGGCCUUCACUCUUUUGUUUUAUGAAUGCUUUACAGUUCAUUUCAUGGAUUUUUAGCCUGAUUUUGUGUACAUUUUUGGGCAUUUUCAGUUGUUUGAUUACUUUGUAAAGGUGAAGUGUGCAAUUUCUGCCCACCUAACAUCACCAAACAGAAUUGAAAAAAUACUGUUUCCAAACAGGUUUCCUGAACACGUUUCCUGUCUGCCAUUGUUUGGACAAACAGAUAGCCCUGCCCCAAGCCAUUGGUUGAGACAUUAUUGCUGGUCAGGUGCUCAAACCAACAGCAUGUUCUGAUAGCACCACAGAGUCAGUGUUUAUGCUUUUCAGGGAUAAAUGCUUACUAAAGCGCUCUCUCUCUCUCUCUCUCUCUCUCUCUCUCUCUCUCUCUCUCUCUGCAUAUUUUGCUGGGAUAUUUGUUUUUAUUUAAGUAUUUAAUAUUUUAACAAAAAAUAAAUAAAUGACACUUCACCUUUAAAGCUUGUUAGGCCUCAAGUGUGCACUCCUGAACUGCCGUCUGUUGGCCCUCACAGGAUCUGAGUCCACUAACAGGAGACUCGCAUUACUUCUCCUGCCAAAUGUUUGUGCCAUGAUGCGCAAUUCAAUGUUUCUUUGGACUUCAUGAGUGUUAUGGAUUUUUUUGAGUGUUUAUUUUUAUUUUUUAAAGGACUCUACAUAAGAAACACAUUGACAUGUUCAUGCCAAAUAAAUAUAAACAUGCCUGAAAAAGUACCUCUUUGGUCAAACGUGAAUCUGUGUAUUGCAAAGGAAUACAUAUUUUGUACUGUACAUACAGAGGUACAGUGCAUAUUAAAAUAAGUUAUAUAAGUGUUUUAUGUCACUGUAAGUAUCAUAAAUGUGUCUAUGUUUUUCUUUUUAUUGUAUUGUGCAGCUUCUUUUGUACAGUAUGUCUUAAGACAUUAAGAGAUUUUUUUAUUUGAUAUAUUUGCCAUUUCAUCACUGUAAUGUCAUGAUACGUGUUUUACUGUGUGCCAAAUGUACUGUACUCAAAGGAUGUGAAUGUUUAUUGUUUGGUUAGUAACCUAUUAAAUAAGAUGUAAAAAAGAAAAAAAUAAUAAUGU